UUGAUCUGUACCUCAGUACUCCGUAUAUCACUUAGUGAAUUUGAUGUUUUGUGUAGUUUUAAUACAUGUAUAGUUUUGUUAUCUAUUUAAGUGAAUGACUGACCGAUGGAUUUUACAAACGAAAGUCGAUUCUGUAAAUCACAUUUUUGGGAUCCAGCUCAGUCAUGGAACACUCCAGAUCCAGAUAUCUCUCCAUGUUUCGAGCAGACGGCCCUGGUCUGGGGUCCUUGCCUAUUGUUGUGGAUCCUUGCCCCUUUUGAGGCCGUCGUCAUCCUGAACAGCAAAUGUCGAGAUUUGCCGUGGGGCUUCACAAAUACCACCAAAAUGUUGCUGAACCUGAUGCUGAUAGGUAUUAGUGCAGUAAACUUCGUCAUGUCAGUAGUCCAAUACUUGGAGAGUGAGGAGGUGUUUCCUGUUGCGCUCUGGACACCAGCAGUUCAAACAAUCACCUUUGUGUUGGCUGCAGUUAUCCUGGCGUGGGACAGAGUGCGAGGAGUUCACACCUCAGGAGGACUGUUUGUGUUCUGGCUGAUGCUCAGUGUGGCUGGGGUGUUCCAGUUCAGGACAGAACUGCGGCAAGCUGGGAACAAAGAAGAACCUCGCUACAAAUUUAUUCUCUACAUGGUAUCCUACCCUAUAGUGCUGCUGAUGAUGAUUCUGAAUGUAUUUGCUGACCCGCCGCAGAGAGUUACUGAUCGUCCAAAGACCGAGAAACCCUCUCCAGCAGAGAAUGCCUCAUUUGUGUCAUUAUGCUUCUUUAGCUGGUUUGAGCCUCUAAUCUGGAGAGGUUUCAAGAAACCUCUGACUCUGGAAGACCUGUGGAAUUUGAGAUACCAUGACACCUCAGCUUAUGUUGUCACAAGAUUUGAGAAACGGUGGAAUAAACUUUUAAAAAGAAGCAUUAGGUUUUCAGCAAGAGAUAAAAAGACUGAAUUGAAUGGACUGCUCAAGGACCAAGACUAUACACCAAAGAAACCAGUUUCAAUUAUUGGCACCCUGUUCAAAACAUACUGGAUAACCUUUGUUAACGCAGGAUUGCUGAAGUUUAUAUCAGAUGCUUUUGGACUUCUGAAUCCACUUCUUUUACAUUUAAUGAUAAAAUUUGUGGCGAGCAAGGAUUACAUGUGGAAGGGCAUCCUAUACGUGAUCGGUAUGCUCAUAGUUUCCCAGCUCCAGACGAUCUGCUUACAUCAUGCCAGUGACAUAAUGUACGGCCUUGGUGUGAACUGGAGGACAGCAAUCAUGUCUGCCAUCUACAAAAAGACUCUUCGCAUCUCUAGCUCUGCCAGGAAGAGCAGAUCCUUUGGUGAGAUAGUGAACCUGAUGGCGGUGGAUGCUCAAAGAUUUGUUGAUACAUCUUUAGCCUUGCACGCUACUUGGACCCUCCUCUUAACCAUCAUAGGCUGCAUGUACUUCCUGUGGAACAUACUUGGAGUGGCUACAUUGGCGGGCUUGGCUGUUUUGGUCAUUGUGAUUACAGUAAAUGUUGCAGUCUCAAGCAGAGUGCGGUCAUUGCACUUGAGACAAAUGAAACAUAAAGACGAGAGAGUCAAAUCUGUCAGCGAAGUUCUCAGUGGAAUCAAGGUUUUGAAGAUGUACGCCUGGGAGCAAAGUUUCAAAAAAUCUAUCCUGAAAAUUAGAGAAAAAGAGUUGUCACUGUUGAAAACUGCAGCUUUGUUGAAUGCAUGUGCUUCAUUUUUAUCUAACUGUACUUCGCUCUUGAUUUCUUUAGCAUCAUUUUGUGUAUUUGUCCUAAUUGAUGAACACAAUGUGAUGACAUCCGAGACUGCCUUUGUCGCCAUUGCUUUCUUCAACGUCAUGAGAGGUCCUCUGCAAUAUUUUCCAACAGUGGUGGAUUGUUAUAUUCAGUUUUUUGUGUCCGCCAAGAGAAUAAACAAGUUUAUGAACGCUGAUGAGUUGGAUUCUACAUCAGUUUCUCAUGACAUGAGCAGAAAUGAACCACUCACCAUAGAGGGUGGGACAUUCUCAUGGGGCUGUGACAAAGAUGACAAGCAAAUUCUCCACAACAUCACAUUAAAGAUACAGCCUGGACAGUUGGUAGCAGUGGUGGGACCCGUAGGGGCCGGCAAAUCCUCCCUCUUGUCUGCCUUUCUGGGAGAAAUGGUCAAGAACACUGGAUUUGUUAAUACCAAGGGAAAGAUAGCUUACGUUCCUCAACAACCUUGGAUACAAAAUGCGUCUGUGAGAGAGAACAUUUCAUUUGGUAACAGAUAUGAAGAGAAGGAAUACAAUAAGACAGUGGAGAACUGUGCUCUGUUACCAGACUUGAAGAUAUUACCUGGAGGAGAUGCCACUGAGAUAGGCGAAAAGGGUAUCAACCUGAGUGGAGGUCAGAAACAGAGAGUGAGUUUGGCUCGAGCAGUGUACAGUGACGCAGAUAUCUAUCUGAUGGACGACCCACUCAGUGCAGUUGACUCUCAUGUCGGUAGACACAUCUUUGACAAUAUCAUUGGCCCAAAAGGACAGCUACACAAGAAGACUCGCAUCCUGGUGACUCAUGGAAUAGCAUUUCUGCCCCAAGUAGAUAUGAUUGUGGUGAUGAAAGGAGGGGAGAUUGUGGAGAGAGGCACGUUUAAGGAACUGUUGGACGUGAAAGGAGAGUUCUCGGAUUUUCUGAUGCAGCACUUGGUAGAAACUGACCAACAUGAGCUAAUUCCAGAAAUUGAAGAAUUUGUUGAUGAAGAGGUAAUCCGGACAGUUCAAAGGCAAAUGAGUAAGAGUGAUUCUAUAAGGUCCAUUUCUUCCACUAAAAGUGAUUCCUCGCACAAGCUCUCCAUCACACAACAGAUCAAAGAAGGAACAGAAGUUUGUGUGGAGUCUAAGACCCAAAACCAAACUACUAACAGAGAUGCAGUUCUAUAUCAGCUGGAAGAGGUAGAAGAGAUGAAAUCAAAUCAGAGCAAGGAGAUGGAAAUAGUUGAAAAUGGAGAUACAACAAUGAUUGCAGAAACAGAUCUAAAGGACAAAGAUUCAGAAAUGGAAGCUUUGUUGAAGAAAUGUCAAGAUUCAGAGAGAAAGACUGAGAGAACGUAUACAAUUUCUGCAAUAGACAGAAAGUCUGCUACCCAACCAGAGGUGAAACAGAAAACCAAACUGAUCCAAACCGAGACGGCUGAAACUGGGAGAGUGAAGAGAAGAGUAUACCUGCACUACUGCAAGUGUAUGGGAGUAUGGCUAGUGGUGGGGACAUUCAGUCUCUCCCUACUCUCCCAGGCCGCUGCUAUACUUGCCAACAUCUGGCUGUCUCGCUGGACCUCGGACCUGUCAGUUGCUGUCAACGGUACUCAGGACCUGGACAAACGCAACUUUUACCUUCAGGUGUACUUUACCUUCGGGCUCGCACAGGUGGUUGCAGUAGUAGCGAGUACAUUAGUUUUGGCAAUUGCCACAGUCAUGGGUGCUCGGCACCUUCACGAGUCGAUACUGUCAAACAUCUUGCGUUGUCCAAUGAGCUUCUUUGACACAACGCCGAUGGGAAGGAUUGUCAACCGUCUCAGCAAAGACAUUGAUGUUGUCGACAACAUGCUUCCUAAGAACUUGAGAAUGGCUCAAGAUGCUCUUGUGACAGUUUUUGGAACUCUGGUGAUUAUAAUUUGGUCGACUCCAUUAUUUGUCAUAGCCUUUGUCCCAAUUGGAAUACUCUAUUACUAUUUGCAGAAAAUAUAUGUAACUACAUCUCGCCAAAUAAAGAGGAUCGAGUCAGUGGCAAGAUCUCCCAUCUACUCUCACUUCAGCGAGACUUUAUCAGGUGUUUCAUCAAUUCGUGCUUACAAGGUGGAAAAGCGUUUUAUAAAUACACUUCUAGAAAAGGUGGACACCAAUCAAGUCUGUCUCAUCCCCUCUUUAGUGGCCAACAGGUGGUUGGGAAUCCGACUUGAGACCAUAACAAAUAUUUUAAUCUUCUUUUCAGCUUUCUUUGCUGUACUAGGCAGAGAUUCACUGGAUCCAGGAAUCGUGGGGCUCUCAAUUAGCUAUGCUUUACAGGUUACUUCUAUAAUGAAUAAUGUUGUGAGAAUGGCUUCAGAAAUUGAGAAUAGCAUUGUCUCAGUGGAGAGGGUAAAGGAGUAUGCUGAACUUCCUCAGGAAGCUGCAUUGGUAGUGGAGCCUCGCCCCAAACCAGAAUGGCCCGACCAAGGAGUUGUCAAGUUCCAGAAUUACAAAGUGAGAUAUCGUGAGGGACUGGAUCUAAUACUGAAGGGCGUCUCCUUCACCGUAUCUGGCAGUGAGAAGAUCGGCAUAGUUGGUCGCACUGGAGCAGGCAAGUCCUCUCUCACUGUCUGUCUGUUUCGCAUUAUUGAAGCUGCAGGAGGCCACAUUUAUAUUGAUGGUCUUGACAUUGGGAAGAUUGGUCUCGGAGACUUGCGUUCAAAACUCACCAUUGUACCUCAAGAUCCAGUGCUGUUCUCCGGCCAUCUGCGUAUGAACCUGGACCCAUUUGACAUGCACAGUGAUGCGGAUAUAUGGUGUGCUUUGGAGCUUGCUCACCUUAGUGAAUAUGUCAAAAAUCUUCCUCAGGGCUUGAGGCAUCCAAUUGCUGAAGGUGGAGAGAACUUAAGCAUUGGUCAACGCCAGUUGAUAUGCCUGACUAGAGCUCUGCUGCGCAAGACCAAGGUGUUGAUACUGGACGAGGCAACAGCUGCCAUUGACUUGGAGACUGAUGAUCUGAUCCAACAGACCAUCCGCAGAGAGUUCAAAGAUUGCACAGUGCUCACUAUUGCUCACCGGCUCAACACCAUAAUGGACUCUGACAGAGUUGUGGUGUUGGAUCAAGGACUAAUCAAGGAGUUUGAUUCACCAGAAAAUCUACUGAAAUGCCCAUCAUCAAUCUUUUACGGUUUAGUCAAGGAUGCAGGCCUCUUGUAGAAGAUAACAUUCAACAUGACUAAAAUAAACAUAUUUGCAGUAUUAAUGUAUGACAUAACUUUUUGUUAACUUCCAGUACUGUUUCAUCUAAAACAGACAGCAAAUGCUAAAAUUUCAAUAUUUGGGGGAAAAAAAUUUCUAGGUAGUUUAAAACGUAAACAUUUUCUUUAAAUUUGCAAUUUAGCCAAUUAUAAUUGGUUUCCUAAAUUAAUUUAAAUCAAAUAAAAUAAAAUCUUUAUUGCUCGUAACAAUCGCACAUUGUAUAUAAACGUCAUAAUUUAUUCUAAAAAUUUAAACAAUCACAUCACAUUACCACCACAACUAAUCUACAGCAUUUUUCAUACAUUCAAGUCUCAUUCAUCUAAUUUCAACCCACUUCCAGCACUGAAGUCAGUCAUUGAAUUGGGUGGUCUCUCAGUUAAACACCAGAAACUCGUCAACGUUGUAGAAUGCAUUUGACAACAAAGUGCUUCAAACGAGUUUUUGACGCCUUUGGUGAUUGAGCAUUUUUCGUAGUAUUGGGUAAUCUGUUGGUGAAAUGAACACCAACCUGAAAAUGUAAGUGCUUAUAAACCACCAUUCUGUGUCUUCCAGUACGAUAGUUAUCUUUGCCUCGAGUCUCAUAUCCGUGUAUGUCACAUCCCGUGGUUAGGGAACAUUUAGCCAUUCUAUAGCAAAGGUGGAGGUGAAUUAGCUCAUAAUAUGUUGUAAUCAGUACCUGGCUAGGGCAGUAUCGGGCAAGGACCUCAAACAUAUAUUUGUGAGGACAGUUUGGCACAAACAUGGCCAAUGUGAUUAUUCCAUGUCAACCCUCGAUCGAGGAGUAUUCCAAGGAAUUUUGAGGAGUAGAUGUCCUCUAGUAUGGAAUCUGCCAACAUGACAGCUGACCCACAUUGAGAGUUCACUGGGCACAGUGCGAAAUUCAGCAUGUUGGAUUUUGAAGAGUUUGUUUGAAGGUUGAGGCUUUUGAAGUAUUGAACACAAUUGUUGAGAUCAGCAAAGAUUUGUUGCUCCAAAACUUCUUGUGAAUUAUCUCUGUAACAGAGAGUGGUGUCAUCCAGCAUACUGCACGAUUUUACAAUGCUGUAGCGAUGAAUGUACGUCGCUGACGUAUAACAGGAAAAGGACUGGACUGAGUAUUGAGUCAUGAGAGAUAAAACAGUAUGGUUGUUUUUCACCCACAUAAGUUAAGUUAACUAUCAAGUGUUCUCGAUUUGAAACGUUCAACAUUGUUAACACCUAUGCAAAGCUUUCAAUCAGCUUGAAUAAUAUAAAAGAAAACUCUUUCUGAAACAUUAGAUAAUUUAAAAAACUAUUUUCCUAUUUAGUAUUUAAUAUUUAAAAUUCCAGGACUGUGAAGUGUCCAACAAAAGUGUGUGUUGCUUAUAUCCAAAAGGACUAUACAAAUACUGAUCUAUGUAGUUGGUGUACAAAGGCCUUUUUACCUUCUACAAAGCAAUGAAUCCAUUUAGAUACAUCAUCCUGACUGUGUUUAAUCACAUGGCAAAUAUCAUGUUUAACUAUAUUUACAUUAUAUUAAAGUGUACUUCUCAAAAUUGUAUGGCUGCUAUCUUGAAACUAUGAAAUAUCAUGUACGAAACAAAACAUGCUGUAAAUAACCUGAGAAUGUAGAGCAUGCUUUAAAUUUCGCUCUUUGAUGCCUAAUAACUAAGGCCUAUUUGAUGCCUAUUUAUUUUCAAAAACUGAUCGCCAUCUUGGAAGCUUCAAGGAUAAGUUAUAAAAAAUAAGUGAGUAAAAUUAUUUUAAAUGCUUCAUAUUCCUAAAAAGUAUGUCAAUGUGAAAAGUAGUCUAUGUUGGAAAGUAGUUAAACACAAGUUCCAUUCCAAUUUUGUUGUGAAUCAACUUUUAAAUGUACACCAGUUAUCGCAUUCACAAGCCCACAUUAUAAUGCUUAAGGCCAUACAUACACAGUAUUGAGAAUAUAGUGUUCUGUAUUCUAAUAUUUUGUGUUUUAUUGGAUAUUAUCGGCAGACAUGCAGAAAACAUUCUGUCAUGAGGAUAAUUGGAACAGGCUAAUUCCAUUCUAAAACCUAACAUAUUACAGAAUACAAUUUAAAAAAAGAAUCUGGGUGAUAAUUGUAAUGCAUCAGUCAGUAAUGUUACGAAAUAAUAUUUGAAAAAGUAAGUAUUGGUGGGGAAUUUUAGCAAGCGGAAAUCACUAUUGCAUAAUCAUAUCUGAAUAAAUUUAAAACAAAUUAAAAUAAAAGAUUUCAUUAAAAUUGGAUUGGAAAUAUUAAUUGAAACUUAUACUAAAUAAAUCUGGAAUUAUAAUAACUUACAUUAGAUCUUCAUCACAUUGGUGGGAGUAAAGGAGGAAGAGAAUCAGGAAGUAGGCCAAGAAGGUAGUUACAACAAGAUUGUAACGGUCAGCUUGGUAUAGAAACAUGUGCUUUCGUAUUUGCCAGUUGCUAAAGUGAAUCCGGAGUGAGAAUUUAUGUUUAUUUGUCAACAACGCAUUUUAAAGUGAAGUGAUAGUCAGAAGUCUUCAUAUCAUUGGAAAUAGUACUUUACUAAAUCUGUGAACACUAUGUGCUAGCAACAUAAGAUGAAAUAAAUGUUUACGUUUUAAUUACAAUAACAUUCACACAUCAUAAUUGUCACAUCAAAGUGGGGUUAUUAAAACAAUUUUAAUUAACAUUACACAAUCAACAAUCGACAAAAAACAAUGUGGGGCAUUCACACCCACGCAACAGCCAUAUAUUCAUUGACACAGGUGGUUCACAUCAAAUGCCGUAACCAAUGUGGGUCUUGGCCUAUAUCCAACUAAAAUCAUAUCUACAUCUAACAACAUGGGGACACUCAACAUUCAUCUAUAAUUUGAACAACAACAAAACAGCUUAUAAAGCAAGUACUCAAUCUGGAUGAACAAACGGUGAACAGAUUCACACAGCUACAUCUUACCAUCAAUUAUGACUCCUCCAGCAUGCAAAUCUUCUUCCUUUAAAUUAAAACCCAGUUCUAGAUGAAAAUUUUUGAGAUUUGACGUGAUUUUUUAUUCUUUGUUCCCUUUAUUUUUUACAAUAUGUGUACACAAAUAAAUAUUGUUAAGUAGAGGAAAUAAAACUAAGUAAAUGAUCAAACUCAUAUUUUUUAAGAAUAAUCUCAUUUUGGUGAUUAAAAAUAAAGAAUUAACCAAGAUGAAUAUUUUCUUAAAAUAUAAAUGAAUAAUACUGAGUUUUAACUUUGAGCCAGUUUUGAGUUUUUGAAUAUUCUCUAAUAAUGUGAAGUAAACAUGCUCACUUUAAGUCAAUAAUCAUCUUGAUGUUGUUCAUGAUUGUUUGUGGUGCUAAAGAGUGUUGAUUUUCCCAUUUGAGAAUUUUACCGGAAAGUCAUGAGAAUUGAGAUAGAGCUCUGUCACCUACAUUAGAAAGAAGCCAGAGAUUUUUCUGCAUUUCACUGGUGAUACUGAUUUCAAAGUAGCAUUGCUGACGACUUAUGGGUACAUAAGGCAAAUGUUAUGUAAAACCAUUAAUGCAUAUAUGGAUAUUAUUUAUUACAAAUAUUAUCAUUAUUUAUUAAUCAAUGUGAUGUUCAUAGUUAUAGUACUCGUAAUAGAAAUAAUGUAGUUGUACCAAAAUGUAACUUUGCUAGCACUCAAGUCAGUUUUAGAUAUCAGGGAAUCAAAUAUUACAAUGCUUUGCCCAAUCAUAUCAAGGUAUUAAACAGAUCAAACUUUAAAAAUGUUGUAAAGAAAAUGUUAGUAGAUUCAUGUUUGUACACUGUUGAUGAAUUUUUAACUGUGAUAAGAAGUAAGGCUAUUUAAAGUAAGCUAUAGAUUAUUUAUAAUAUGACGUUGUUAUAUACAUAUUGUAUUCUGACAAUAAACCAUUUGAAUUUGAA